AUCAUUAAUAGAUUUACUAUAAACCAUAUGGGUUGUGACAAGUGACCAAACAUUUAGCAGAAAAUUAGGUGGGACGGAUGGAUAAACCUGACCUUCCAAAAGGCAAAAACCCGUUACCUGAUCUUUAUGACUUUGUCUUUAAUAAUUAUACUGUGAAGAAAAAGUAGCAGGGUGUUUAUAACCCUGGAAACAAAGCUCUCGAGAAGCAGCCAAGCCAAUGGAGUCCAGCGAUAGUGAAGUAGCUCAUGAGUUCAGGUUCUUCCGGGCCUACAGAGAUGGCCGGGUGGAGAUCUUGAGAUCCCAAGAAGAGAAAAUUCCUCCGUUCGACGACCCCCAAACUGGGGUACGGUCCAAAGACGUGGUCAUCUCGUCCGAAACAGGACUAUCUGCCCGAAUCUUCUUACCCGAUACAGCCCAUCCGAUCGAGAAACUGCCGCUUCUGUUCUACAUCCACGGCGGAGGCUUCUGUAUGCGAUCUGCCUUCGCUAUCGACUAUCACAACUACGUCUCCACUCUGGUUUCCCAAGGAAAUGCCAUCGCUGUUUCUGUGGAAUACGGGCUGUUUCCGGAUCAUCCGAUACCCGCUUGCUACGAGGACUGUUGGGAAGCGCUCCAAUGGGUCGCAUCCCACGCUAAUGGAGGUGGCCCCGAGCCCUGGUUGAUCAAUCAUGCCGACUUUGACCGGGUUUUUAUCGUCGGAGACAGUGCCGGAGGUAAUAUAUCUCAUACAAUGGCGGUUCGGGUCGGGGCGAUUGGGUUGGCGGGAGUGAGGGUUGUUGGAGUGGUGAUGGUUCAUCCAUUUUUUGGAGGAACGAUUGAUGAUGAGAUGUGGAUGUACAUGUGUCCGACAAACGGUGGGUUGGAGGAUCCAAGGAUGAAACCGGCUGCAGAGGAUCUAGCCAGGGUAGGGUGUGAGCGGAUGUUGUUGUUCGUGGCUGAGAAGGACCAUCUGAGAGACGUAGGAUGGAGAUACUACGAGGAAUUAAAGAAGAGUGAGUGGAUAGGGACAGUCGAGAUUGUGGAGAAUCAUGGGGAGGAGCAUUGCUUUCACCGCCGUGACCUUACUUAUGAGAAGGCUGUGGCUUUGAUCCAUCGCAUCGUUUCAUUCAUUAAGCAGUCGUAGCUUUUCUCAUAUGUUUUUCUUAGUACAUUAUUGCAUAAAUGUUCUUAAUUUGUAGAAGAUAAUUAGAGAUUGAAUAUUAAAAAAUAUUAUCUUAUAUAUUAAA